CGCUAAACUGCCAUGACAUCAUCAUUUGCUGCCACAGUAUAUGUCUCUUCUCUGUCUUAUAACCAAAAUCUUCCGCGGAUCAUAUUCUCCGGUAUUUAAAAAAAUAUAGAAAUCACACCCAUGUCCUAGAACUACAUAGUUACUUUCUGACACCUGGGGAACAUCAGAAAAAAUCUAUUGGAGACCAUUUACAGAUUCGAUUUUUUAGCUUCUUAAAGUGGCUAGAGCUCUUGCCCGUUUCAAUGGAAAGGCUUUACUCUCGAUCCAUGUAAACUUCCGCCUGCGGUAGAAGUGAUGAGGCCAGGGUGUCGCCAUUUUGAAUGUCAAGUUGUAUGUUUUUGGAUGUCUUAGUUUUCUUCGUGAUUAAUACGACUUUAGUCGUUGGCCUCCUUUUCAAAGGUGACUGUUCUUCAUGGUGUCAGAAUGCCCUUGUGUUGGUGAACUGGGAGAAAUACACUCUUGCCAGAGAGAUUGCAGACCUUAAACUACCUCCUUUGUUUCCGCCUUAUCAGAAGAUGCCGGCCCCCAUAAGAUUGCGGGAAUUGAUCCGGACAAUCCGGACGGCUCGGACCCAGGCGGAAGAACGUGAAAUGAUCCAGAAGGAGUGUGCAGCAAUCAGAUCAAAUUUCAGAGAAGAAGACAAUACAUAUCGUUGUCGAAAUGUUGCUAAGUUGCUUUAUAUGCACAUGCUUGGUUAUCCUGCACACUUUGGGCAGCUGGAGUGCCUAAAACUGAUAGCCUCUCAGAAAUUUACAGAUAAAAGAAUUGGGUACCUAGGAGCAAUGUUGUUGUUAGAUGAAAGACAAGAUGUUCAUCUCCUGAUGACUAACUGCAUAAAGAAUGAUUUGAAUCAUAGCACACAGUAUGUCCAGGGGCUGGCACUGUGCACCCUUGGUUGCAUGGGCUCUUCAGAAAUGUGUAGAGACCUAGCAGGAGAGGUAGAGAAACUCCUCAAAACUUCAAAUUCGUAUUUAAGGAAAAAGGCAGCACUCUGCGCAGUCCAUGUUAUUAGAAAGGUACCUGAGCUUAUGGAAAUGUUCUUACCAGCCACAAAAAACUUACUGAAUGAAAAGAAUCAUGGUGUCCUUCACACUUCAGUUGUCCUUCUUACAGAAAUGUGUGAAAGAAGCCCUGACAUGUUAGCGCAUUUCAGAAAGAAUGAAAAGCUCGUGCCUCAACUUGUACGCAUUCUGAAGAACUUGAUCAUGUCUGGGUAUUCACCAGAGCACGAUGUCUCUGGAAUCAGUGAUCCAUUCCUACAGGUGCGAAUAUUAAGGUUACUAAGAAUUUUAGGUAAGCAUGAUGACGACUCAAGUGAAGCAAUGAAUGACAUACUUGCACAGCUGUGCAACAGUUUCCGUGCAGGGGAAGGUUAUUUGGAUGCGAUAUUAUUUGGCAAAGUGAAAAUAAAUAAAAGGAUUUUUCAUACCCUGACCAUAAUGGAUUUAAAUGAUAUCCUUGAAGGCCUUUCGGCAGAUAAGGACAACUUAGAAGUAUUCAGACUCAAUACAGGCCAGGUCUCCACGACAGAUAACACUACAAUUAAUCUUAAAGAAAAAUGUGGGACUAUUUUUUCAAAGUUACAUAGACAAAUGAAAGCCCUCAGAACAAAUAUAUGGCAUUUAAAGCUUUUUAAAGCAUACAAAAUUAAAGAUAUAACACCAAGAGGACUUCGUAUUAAGUUGCAACCCUUAGUGGCUAAUAUUGACAAUGAAUUAAGACAAGAUUGGGCUACUGCCCAACAUCAGGCAUCCAUGCUGUUUGUCGACAGUCUUUCCAAAUACUAUGAAAGAAAUAUUGAAACUCUAACUACAGAAUUACAAAUGACUUGUUUGGAAGCGGAAACAUUUUCCAGUACUGAUUACUAUCAGGACCAUUUAUCCCAAUUAGCCAAGGAAUUGACAAACAUAGAACAAGAUCUUAAGAAAAGAAAAAUACAUAAAUUCAAUAGAGAUUUAGGGGAUUAUGAAAAAGGAAAACCCUUUGUAACUUCAAAAAAUGUGAGGUUUAGUGAGAGUACACAUAAACCACCCAGGGGAAAGAAAAGACCUAGACCUAUUCUCAAGAAACAUGACAGUAGACACAGUCUUACUUCUGAUGAUGAUUUUUCAUCUACUACAGAAGAUGAGUCUAAUUCUCAAAGAUCUAUUGGGUUUAGGUUUGGAAAAUCUACAUUUGUACCACCAAUGGAUAAAUAUGUGUCUAUAUUCAAGGAUUGUGUUAUGAAGGAUUUACAUUUUUCCAAAGAUCCUGAGGGUUGUCGUAAUAAUCUUAACCGACAAGAAUGUGAAGCACUUAAGCAACUACAACAAAAUAGAAAUAUUGUGAUUACAUCUGCAGAUAAAGGUGGAGGUAUUGUGGUUAUGGACUACUUAAAAUAUAAGGCAGAGGCACUGAAACAGUUAUCUCAAACGCAGUUUUAUUUAAAGAUGGUAGUGGAUCCCACCCCCAACUUUAAAACUGAUAUUGAUUCAUUCAUAGAUUUAGCUGUGGAGGAGGAUAUCAUCACCCCCCAAGUGGCCAACCAACUGAAGGUUUCAGAACCAAUGCCACAGUACCUCUAUUUAAUACCCAAGACACAUAAAGAUUUAAUGAAUCCACCAGUUAUCAUGGCAGAAUCUGCUUGCCAUGAGGUACAGUCUGCUAAGAAGGCCAAGAAGUCUAGCUGCGAGUCUGCUGCUGUCCAGUCUCCACCGGAUGUCUCUUUUGAGAAUGUUAUGUGGAUUUUCUGGAUUUUGAUCACCUUGAACUCUUUAUAUGUUUGUGAACUUAUUGACGUAGAGCUCAGAAGUUUGUCAGGUAGGCUUGCACCUUUAUACUUAAUUAUGUUUUGUAAUUUUUUUUUUCUGCAGGUAUUGGCUAUUAACAUCUUAGGACGAUUCUUGUUAAAUAAUGACAAAAACAUUAGAUAUGUGGCUUUAACAUCCUUGUUAAAGACUGUACAGACUGAUCAUAAUGCUGUUCAGAGGCACAGAAGCACGAUAGUUGAUUGCCUUAAAGAUUUGGAUGUGUCCAUUAAAAGGCGUGCAAUGGAACUCAGUUUUGCCUUAGUAAAUGGUAAUAAUAUUCGAGGAAUGAUGAAGGAACUGCUUUACUUCCUUGACUCCUGUGAUCCAGAGUUUAAAGCUGACUGUGCUUCUGGAAUCUUUCUUGCUGCAGAAAAGUAUGCUCCUUCUAAGAGAUGGCACAUAGACACAAUCAUGAGAGUCUUGACAACGGCUGGUAGCUAUGUAAGGGAUGACUCUGUUCCAAAUCUUAUACAGCUUAUCACAAAUAGCGUGGAAAUGCAUGCAUACACCGUGCAAAGACUCUACAGAGCUACUCAGGAGGAUAUAUCCCAGCAACCCUUAGUACAAGUGGCAUCUUGGUGUAUGGGAGAGUAUGGAGAAUUGCUCGUAUCAGGACAAUGUGAAGAGGAUGAACCUAUUCAGGUCACAGAGGAUGAAGUGUUGGAUAUUUUGGAAAGCAUUUUGAUAUCAAACAUGUCAGUAUCUGUAACAAGAGGAUAUGCUUUAACAGCAAUUAUGAAACUUUCUACAAGGUUUAACAGUACUUUAAAUCGAAUUAAGAAGAUAGUAUCUGUGUAUGGAAGCAGUAUUGAUGUGGAGCUGCAGCAGAGGGCUGUUGAGUAUAAUGCACUUUUCAAAAGAUAUGAUCAUAUGAGGUCAGCUCUUUUAGAAAGAAUGCCGGUUAUGGAAAAAACUACUGCUAAUGGUCCCACAGACAUAAUACAGACAAAUGGAGAAGUGGAGCCAGGACUUUUAGAGGCCAGACCAACGCCUUCUGUACCACAGCCUGUCAGCCAAGCAAAUGAUUUGCUAGACUUGCUUGGAGGAAAUGAUGUAACACCAGUAAUUCAGACUGCAGUUGUUACAAAACCAGCAUCAGCAGGUGGAGAGCUUUUGGAUCUCUUGGGUGAUCUCAACCUGUCAGGUGUUCCUGCUCCAACUGCUAUGCCUUCAGUGACACAGCAUUUCAUUCUGGAUGAUGGAAUAGCAUCACAGCCUUUGUUUAACGAUAUUGCCACAGGAAUUCCUACAAUGACUGCAUACAACAAAAAUGGCUUAAAGAUAGAUUUCUCCUUUGAGAGGUCCAACACAAAUCCUAAUAUUACGGUUAUAACAAUGGCUGCCUUCAACACCACUGAAGCAGAUAUGACAGACUUUGUGUUCCAGGCCGCUGUACCAAAGACAUUCCAGCUCCAGCUGCUGUCCCCCAGCAGUAAUGUUGUCCCAGCAUUGAACACAGGAUCCAUCACACAGGUCAUUAAAGUUCUGAAUCCACAUAAGCAGCAACUGCGGAUGAGGAUUAAGCUGACGUACAAUCAUAAAGGUGCUGCAGUACAGGACCUGGCCGAGGUGAACAACUUUCCUGCACAAUCCUGGCAGUGAGAGGUCAUUACCAUCUUUCUCAUUCCCCUACUCAAAUGAAAACUCUUCAGGAAAGGUCUUGAGCCCUGGCUGGGCCCUAUGGAAUUAUUGACAGCAGCAUCAGUUUUCCUACCAAGCUCAGGGCUGAGUGGAGCCGAACAGAAUGAGCCCCAAAAGUCUCUCUCCAGUUAAUGGCAAAUAUGUCUGCACCUUUAUCUUGCCUUCAUUUUAAAGGAUAUUUACGUCUGGAAUACUCUAUGUUCUCAAGUGUCUCCCACCAGAAAAGAACAUAUAAACAUACAUGCGUGUGUGUGUGUAUGUGUGUGUAUGUAUGUAUAUAUAUAUAUAUAUAUA